GAGGAACCCAAAGAAAAGAAGAAAGUUCCGUCUUCAAGACCAUGGCGAGCAUAACAAUCAAUCUGUCUAUUCUAGCAUCUUCUUCUUUCUCUUUGGAGAAGUUGAAGUUCAUUCCUUGACUUCAUCAUCCUCCUGUGGUAAUCAAAAGAGCUUCAUGAGAGCCCACAGAUUUCCGGGUAUUAAAGCAGUGGUUCAACCUCAGAAGGUAAAUCCAAAAGAUGUCAGACAGAGAAGGUCUGAGAAUAUAGAUGGUGACUUCUUCGUAGAUCAUACGUGCAUAGACUGUGACACUUGCCGUUGGGUGGCUUCGGAAACCUUCGCUCGAGUUGAUGGAAUGUCUGUAGUUUUUAAACAGCCAAAUUGUAAGGAGGAUCGUCUACAGGCUCUUCAGGCCUUGGUUUCCUGCCCAACUGGUUCAAUCCACACAGAACAACCCCCUGCCUCUGCUGAUCUCCUGGAAGCUAAAAACUCAUUUCCCAUUCCAAUAGAUGAACACAAACUUCCUGGUGUUUAUCACUGUGGUUUUCAUUCUUUGGAAUCACAAGGAACAGCUUCCUACUUGAUCAUCCAUCCUCAAGGAAAUAUUCUUGUAGACACUCCAAAAUACAAUGAGGGACUUGCACAUAGAAUUGAGAUGCUCGGAGGAGUACGCUACAUGGUUAUAACCCACAACCAUAAGGAUGAUGUUGCAGAUCCUGGGAAGUGGUCAAAACGGUUAAAUUGUGACAGGGUUCUGCACCACCAAGAUGUUAAAGCUUCUACCGCUAAUGUGGAGAUAAAGCUUGAGGGGAAUGGCCCAUGGAGCCUUGCCUCAGACGUUAUGCUAAUACACACUCCAGGCCACACUGAGGGAGCAGUCAGCUUGUUCCAUAAGUCACUUAAGGUUAUAUUCACAGGUGACCACCUCAUAAUGACAAAAUUAUCUGGACUAAGCAUUCUCGAUCCAUUCAGUCAUUCAGUUCCUAAGCAACUGAAGAGUGUUGAAAAGCUGUUAGAGUUGGAUUUCCAGUGGAUAAUACCAGCUCAUGGUCGGAGAUUUGAAUUCAAAGAUUCUCAAGAGAAGAACUCCAUGAUAGGAGAAUUUCUCCAAAAGAAGUAUAGCCAAAUAUCUCAGACAUAAAUGGAUAUCUAGUAGUACUACUGAGAAAUGGUGCAUGCUAACGUGUGUGCAAACUGCUCAUUCUCUUCUGAAUCUCGUGUGAUGAACUUGUCAUUUUCUUUUUCUUGUUCUGUUCUGUAAUAACAAACAUAAAAACUUGCAUUUCUUUUCCUUGUUCUGUUCUGUAAUAAUCCAUUGCACUUGUC